GACACCUAACCUUGGAUUUUGGCAGCUUCUGUCCGUUUCUUCCUUUAGCACAUAUGAGAUUCCAGCCUGUGGCCUGCCAUCUGGAAGAGCUGCCUGGCUUAUUAUUGAUGACGGCUAAUAAAAAGCCCCCACACACACAACGUUCAAUCCUGAAUCAUAUUUAUGCCCGGCUGUUGCAGGAUGUAUAAGAUAACAGCUUGUGUUAAAGCACUGUUUAUACAGAGGGUUUCAAAAUGGAGCUUUAGCCUCUUUAGGAUGGAGUUUGGCUUGGAGUUGUCUGGGAAGUGGUCCAAAAAACACUGGAAUGACGGAAGAUAUGAUCCAGGGAAUGAUUGGCAGGCUUUAUAAACACAUGUUGCUGACAACAGAUAUCAUGUAAACAAUAUCUCAUUUCCGUUCGGGGUUCAUUUAGGUUUUAGUGUUUGGUUUGGUUGGUGUUGAAGUGUUUGGUUGAUGGUUUUUUGAUCAAUUACUGUAAGAGCCGACAUGACGGGUUUCCUGCGUAGCUCACUAAAACUAUGGCCUUCUAUAUACGGAAUAUGGCGUCUCAAAUGGGAUAAAAACGUCAUUUAUUAAUCAGAACCUGCUUUGGGAUGAUUCUGCUUAUGACACCGUGAUGAUGAUUGUCCCAAUUAUAUAUUUAAAUCCUGUUUUAUUUAAGGGACUAUUCAAUCGUACACAGUUUAUUCACUGACAUACAGCACCACAGCUGUCUACCAUCCAGAUGGCAUGCGAGCUGAGCCGAGCUUUAUAGAUAGACCUGGAAACGGUGCGAGCAGUCAGUCAUCUGUCAAAAAAAAAAGUCACUACCAAAGUUUCUUUCUCUUUUCAAAUGUCCGUAGUCUGGUGGCUGUUAUGAAUACAAUGUCAUUUCAUUCAUAAAGUCUAAUGGUUAGUAAAAAUUCAGUAUCAAAAUUAAGUUUGUUCCAUUUCUUUCAGACUGUGAGUUUGAACCAACCUACAUUUAUUUAUUUAUUUAUUUAUUUAUUUAUUUAUUUAUUUAUUUAUUCGAAUGCGCAAUUUUGCGGCCGUUCGAUAAAAUUUUUAGGCAAGGCAUCGAAAAAAAACAGCGAGAAGAAAAUAUCUCGUGUCAAAUCUGUUCAUCAAGUGCUCACGUAACAUCGAACUUGUUUUAAUACGUUCUCGUUUCUAUAAUAAUAUGAUGGUUUAUUAACUUCAUUAACAUUUAUAAAAGCUGUUCCUUGCAUCAUCUCUCUGGAACAAUCCGAGGUGAAGCUCGAUCUUUAAGGUUUCCGACGCGGGAAAGUCUUCAAGGACGGACAGCUUUCUGAUUUCUUGACAAGCUGCGUGUAAAAAAUAAAUAAAUAAAUAAAUAAAUAAUCCGUAUUAACUUCACAAAUAAAAGAAGCUAGUGACGCUAGCAAGACCUAACUUGUUUUGUAGAGGUUCCAGCAUUGGUUGUUCAUUACUAUAUAACCUUUGUAGUAAGUGUAAUAGUAUAAGAGGAAUAAAACACAUAAGGACAUGCUGUUGUAGGAAAAUAAUUCACGUCAAGAUGGUAACGGGAACAGUCCUUUGUUUGGGGCCACAUCCCCCCACCUCGUUGUUCAUUAUUUUCCUAUAACAGCAUGCCCCAACAGGUUUUAUUCCUUACUUGAAUGACGGUUAUAAAUAAACACGAACAUGAGCUGUUUGCAUAUUUUAACGUCGACCACAGGCAUGGUUUAGCCACAGGAGAUUAUACAGCGAUAAGCACGACAGGUCACUGUUAAAAGUACAAGAGAGCCUUUUUACUGCAUCUCGGAGAAAUAAAAAUGAUCAUGAAUGUAAAGGCGUUGCUUGAGCUUAAUCGCUUCCUAACUAAGGGAAAGUCUUUCUUUGUUGUUGUACUCGCGUGGGUGUGGGAUUGUUUCCAUUCUCUGGUCUCUUUAGUCUCUCUUAAUUGGUGUGAGGUGAAUCAUCGUUCUUUAUGAAGAUCCUGAACUCGUUACUACAUGAACAGGCUGAUAAAGAGCCUUGAAGAAAAACUGUCCUCACUCUGUUGUCAUGAGAUCCACACCUGUUGGAGCAAAAUCCGGCUUCACGCUGAUGGGAUCUAUUCGUGUGGCGAGAUUAGUCCCAGAAAUGCCACACCAAGACCUGAGAGAGCUUCCGAACAUGUUUAUUACCAGAUAUGGACAGCUUGACGUAGUUAAAACGUUGAAUCCGACUUUUCUGUUUAUUUCACGCUUGAUGCCACGGGUUUAAACAUUGUUCGUUUGGGUUUCUUGACUAAAUGUACCUCUUUACAAAAUAGUUUAUAGGUUGUUUGUAUGUUUCUCAAAGCGCAGACCUUUCCCUUUUGGUGGACGUGUAUUAUCUGAAAUAGGUCAGACAGGUUUGUUUUCACCUGUUAUAUAUUUAGUACUUAUGUCUGUCUAUUUUUAUGGCGCUACUUAAUGUCACUCACUUGGAGUCAUGUCGUGAAAAAGAUCUAGAAGAAGAAGAGCUAGAUCCACCAUGUUGUCUAAAAUGCCAUUUCAGUGGGCGGGGCUUGGGGGCAGCUGGCAUUUCGGGUGUAUGAAAACAUAAGAAAAAUCAGACGCAAAGAAGAAUCCAGAAGUUUAAACGUCUCUGAACUGUUAGAAAAGGGUGACCCGUAAGUGGUGUUUUUGGAGGCAGAAAUGCAUUUCAUGUGGUUUCCAGUCUGUUUAAGCUAAAAGUGUUGACUGACUCACUUUACUAUAGGCAGAGCUCGGAAGAUAGCUUAUUUUUUUUUCCCAGUGACCGUCCCAGAAAUGGUCUCAGAUGACCAUUUUAAUUUGAACCGUUUUAAUUCUCCCAAGGCACCCGUAACUGUCCCAAAUACUCAACUGUGUCCUUUUAAAAAUGUCACCGCAAGACAACAUAGAAACCUGAAAGAAUUUUAUGGAAAGAUGGCAGCAGUGUUUAUUCAGCUAGAAAUUACUGAAUAAAUUUCAUAAUCGGCGGGGGGCGGGGCAAGAGCAUUUUUUUUUUUUUUCUUUUAAGCGAGUGAAAGAACUGGAAGUGAAUAAUAUCAGGGUUGGAGGAAAAACUGCCUCAAAAUCAGCAGAACAGUUUGACAGUAAAGGAAAUGUCCUGAAUUUAUUUAGCAAUUAAAUCAAAUUUUCUUGACGAGCUGUUGUGAGGAACGAAAGUCUAAAAGAAAAAAAAAAAACAAUGCACAAUUAGUGUCAUUAAUUCUGUUUUUCAUCACGACGUCACGCUUUAACGUUAGUGCUGAUAUAACUGGCUAACACAGCAAGCAGGAUCAUCGCUUAGCAUUACAACAUUGAACAAAAACUUGGGUUCAAGGGUUUUCUAGAAACUCGCUAAAUCCCCAAAUCCAUUGGGAUUAAGGCACUCCGGUCACCUUUGCCCUGCUGAACCGGUGUCUUAUGUAAAAGCAAAUAUCCAAUAAACCCAUGUGAUAUCUGAUUUCAUUUUGGUCCUGAGCUUCUGGACGCUUUAUAAGAGGGUUAUGAUUGUUCUGUCGAGGUCUCGUCGUGAUGGUUCCUGCACGGUUCUGUGGCACAAAAGAUGGCAUUGAAAUGCAAAUGAAUGUUUUGAAGGACACUGCAGUCUGAUUAAUCCACAUGUCUGUUGGCGCAGGAUGGAAAUAAUACUCCCCCCCCCCCACCCACCCCCCUCCAAAAAAAAAGGCAUUUUGAUCAAUGACUUCUUAAAAACCCAGUGUUGGGUGAGGCUUCAUUGACGAGGUCUAGUGUAGUCUAGUGUAAAGAUGAUAAAAAUCCCUACUCUGUGUUUGGCUCUGCUGACGUAAGGGUCUUCCACCAGUGGAGGAGGGGCGGGCUGGAUCCCAGGCAUGCAUGUUUGUGUAUGGGUGAGAGAGAGGGAGAGAAAGUGUGAGCGGCAGAGGGAUAGGAGGAGAAAGAGAGCCAUUGUCCAGCCUCUUAGUUCUCCACAGGCGAGCGACGAUCUCAUCUGACGGCUAGAGGUAGAAGUAUAAGGACAGAGAAGGGGAAAAGAAUCAGGACCAGACGAUUUCCGUCCCCGUUUGACGUGACGUGAGGUUCUGCGGGGAAAAAAUAAAUCAUCUAUCAUGUGUACAAUAGAUCAAUCGAGUCUAGCACAGCCAUGAAAGCCCAGCGGGAGAGGUUAAGGAUUCCGGGGCUGACACUCGACCUGACUCCAAGAAGCUUGAGCCCGACUCCCACAAGCCCUUGCAGCCCUUGCAGCCCGCUGCACGCCUUCCAUUUUUGGAGCUGUAGGACGGGUAACAGGAAGAGUCUUAUAGGAAGUGGACAGUCAUCAGGCCUUCCUCGACCACACUCCCCCUUUUCUUCACACACAGGCACAAGUCCUCAGGACAGUCCUAGGAACUUCUCCCCCAGUGCCUCGGCCCACUUCUCCUUCGCUCGCAGGACCGACGGCCGCCGCUGGUCCCUGGCGUCCCUCCCGUCGUCCGGAUAUGGAACCAACACCCCCAGUUCCACCAUUUCUUCGUCCUGUUCAUCACAGGAGAAGCUCCAUCAGCUGCCCUUCCAGCCCACUGCCGACGAGCUCCACUUCCUGUCCAAGCACUUCUGCACCGAGAGCAUUGCUGGUGAUGACCACCGCAGAGCCACGCCCAUGCGCCCACGCUCACGUAGCCUCAGCCCUGGAAGAUCUCCAUCGUGCUGCGACCACGAGAUUAUUAUGAUGAAUCAUGUCUACAAAGAACGUUUUCCUAAGGCCACGGCACAGAUGGAGGAGCGCAUUCAGGAGAUCAUCAGCAGCAGCUCCCCAGAGAACGGAGUACUGGCGGACGGAGUACUUAGCUUCGCCCAUCACCAGAUCAUCGAACUGGCACGUGACUGCCUGGAGAAAUCUCGCCUCGGCCAUAUCACUUCUCGCUACUUCUGCGAGCUCACUGACAAACUCGAACGACUUUUUCAAGAGUCCACUGAGAGAUCGGAGAGUGCUGAGGUGACUUUCAUUAAGGAACUGGUGAAGAAGAUCCUUAUUGUCAUCGCCAGACCGGCGCGCCUUCUGGAGUGUCUCGAGUUUGACCCAGAGGAGUUCUAUCACCUCUUGGAGGCGGCUGAGGGUCACGCCAAAGAGGGGCAAGGCAUCAAGACCGACAUUCCUCGCUACAUUAUAAGCCAACUCGGUCUGACACGAGACCCUUUGGAAGAAAUAGCCCAGUUAAGCAGCUACGAUAGUGGAAUUGCAGAAACUCCUGACACUGAUGAUUCUGUGAGUUCACAGAGUCUGAGUGCACCGCUGCGACCCCGCCGUAAACCCUGCGAGAUCGACUUCGAAAUGAUCAAACUCAUCAGUAACGGCGCUUACGGCGCUGUCUAUCUGGUGCGACACAAAGAGACCAAUCAGCGCUUUGCGAUGAAGAAGAUCAACAAGCAGAACCUGAUGCUGAGGAACCAGAUCCAGCAGGCGUUCGUAGAGAGGGACAUCCUGACGUUUGCUGAGAACCCGUUUGUGGUCAGCAUGUACUGUUCCUUUGAGACACGCAGACACCUGUGCAUGGUCAUGGAGUACGUGGAAGGUGGGGACUGUGCCACUUUGCUGAAGAACAUGGGUCCUUUGCCAGUGGACAUGGCCAGAAUGUACUUCGCCGAGACCGUCCUUGCUUUGGAAUACCUCCAUAAUUAUGGCAUCGUCCACCGAGACCUGAAACCGGACAAUUUGCUGGUCACAUUGAUGGGACACAUCAAGCUGACCGACUUUGGCUUGUCAAAGGUGGGCCUGAUGAACAUGACCACCAACCUCUAUGAGGGCCACAUAGAGAAGGAUGCCAGAGAGUUCUCGGAUAAACAGGUAUGUGGUACCCCUGAAUACAUCGCGCCAGAGGUGAUCCUGAGGCAGGGAUACGGGAAGCCUGUGGAUUGGUGGGCGAUGGGGAUCAUCCUUUACGAGUUCCUGGUAGGAUGCGUGCCUUUCUUCGGAGACACUCCGGAAGAACUGUUCGGUCAGGUUAUCAGUGAUGAGAUCAACUGGCCUGACGGAGAGGACGCACCUCCAGCUGAUGCUCAGGAGCUCAUCACACUGCUGCUCAGGCAGAACCCACUGGAGCGCCUGGGAGCCGCAGGAGGAGCCUAUGAGGUCAAGCACCACCAGUUCUUCCACAGUCUGGACUGGAACAGUUUGCUCAGACAGAAGGCUGAAUUUAUCCCCCAGCUUGAGUCCGAGGACGACACCAGCUACUUUGACACCCGAUCUGAAAGGUACCAUCACCUGGAAACCGAGGAAGAAGAAGACACAAACGAUGAAGACUUCAAUGUGGAGCUGCGGCAGUUUUCCUCUUCCUCACACCGCUUUUCUAAAGUAUACAGCAGUCUGGAUCUGUCCCGUGGGCAGCUGGAGGAAAAGGGAGAGCAAGCGGAGAAGAAGAUUGAGAGUCCCCUCACUGUCGACUCGCUCAGCUGGACACCAGACUUCACUGAAAUACCGUCCCUGUCCCACUCGUCUGACGUCGAGAGCACCAGCGCAGGCCGACACUCAGGACUCCUGCCUAAGUUUGCCAUUUCAGCCGAAGCGGAGAGCUGCGAGAGUUCGCUGUCCCCGGACAAGGCCAGUAAAGUGACCUUCUCUGUCGGAGAGCUUCCUCAGGACGAGCAUGACGCCACCACGCCGUCCAGCCCAGUCAGCAACGCCACCCUGUCAGGCAGUUUCUCUGAACACCUGGACCAGCUGAUAUCACGUCCCGAGGGCGUGGGCAGUCCAGACACUGCCGACAAGCCAUCCACUGACACGAUCAGCCAUUCUACCUCCCCGAGACCAGAGACCAGCAUACCUAAAUCGUCAUCCACCAGCGCUCUGUCUCUCAUGAUCCCUGCAGAUGUUUUUGGCACGUCCCCACUGGCCAGUCCCAUGUCUCCACACUCACUGUCAUCAAACCCGUCCUCCAGGGACUCCUCCCCCAGCCGAGACUCCUCCCUCUCUGCUGCCAUCUCACGCCAGCCAAUCAUAAUUCACAGUUCAGGGAAGAAGUUUGGCUUCACACUCCGAGCUAUUCGAGUCUACGCUUGCGACAGUGAUGUCUAUACUGUCUAUCACAUGGUCUGGAAUGUGGAAGACAACGGACCUGCUCAAAAGGCUGGGCUCAAAGCUGGAGACUUGAUCACUCAUGUCAAUGGGGAAACCGUCCAUGGACUGGUCCACACUGAGGUGGUGGAACUGUUGCUGAAGAGUGGAAGCAAGGUUGCUAUAUCCACUACUCCUUUUGAGAAUACUUCAAUCAAGACGGGUCCGGCUAGAAGGAAUAGUUAUCGGAGCAAAAUGAUAAGGAGAACCAAGAAGCCCAAGAAGGAGAAGACACAAGAACGCUUUAUUUGCAUUACAUAUACUCUUAACGUAGUUCAAAAACCAUUUCAAAACCUUUGCCUUCCCAGACGACGGUCAGUAUUCAGGCGCUUUGCCAUGCAGCCCUCUCCCCUGCUCCACACCAGCCGCAGUUUUACCUCCUUAAACCGAUCACUGUCCUCAGGGGAGAGUCUGCCAGGAUCCCCUACACACAGCCUGUCUCCUCACUCCCCCACUACCUCGUUCCGGCCCACACCGGACUUCAAUCAAUCAGGUGGCACAUCCUCUCAGAGCAGUUCCCCUAGCUCCAGUGCACCAAAUUCCCCCGCUGGUUCUGGCCAUGUCCGUCCUAACACUUUGCAUGGUUUGGGCCCCAAGUUGCCUGGGCAGCGGCUUCGUCAGAGCCGGCGGAAAUCAGCGGGGAGCAUCCCGCUGUCCCCGCUGGCUCGAACACCUUCCCCAACCCCUCAGCCCACCUCCCCUCAGCGAUCUCCUUCCCCCUUGCUCACUCACUCAGUGGGAAGCUCCAAAACUACUCAGACCUUCUCAGCAAAGAUGCACUCGCCCCCUACAAUCGUCAGGCACAUGGUGCGCCCUAAAAGUGCCGAACCCCCUCGGUCCCCGCUCCUUAAGAGGGUUCAGUCAGAGGAAAAGCUCUCGCCGUCCUACACAGGGGACAAAAAGCACCUUUGCUCCCGAAAACACAGUCUAGAGGUGACCCAAGAGGAAGUUCAGGCUGGGGCUGCAUCCGGAGGUGAGCACACACUUCAGUGUGUGGAGGAGAUCUCUUGUGAACUUCCCGCCAUCACCCGAGUAAGACCUGCCGAGCAGGGCUGCCUGAAACGGCCUGUGACUCGUAAGGUCGGUCGCCAGGAAAUGGUGGAGGAUCUUGAUAAGGAGAAAUUGAAGGCCAAAGUGGUAGCAAAAAGACAGGACUGGCACGAGAGACGAGAAUCUCUGCAAAAACAAGACGCUAUUCAAGAGGCUGAAUCUACCCAAAGCACCGCUGGGUAUUGCUCUGUUGAUAACAAAGCUAGUGCUACAGUAAAAGAUGUCCUAUAUAAAAAACUCAACACCAGAGCAUGUGAAAGCAUUGCUGACUCCAUGAGCAGCACUGGGGAGUCUGCCUCAAUCUUAAAUGAGGGUAUAAGAUCAGCCCCAACCCAGUCAGAUCGACAGCUGGCCUGGCCGAUUAAAGAGGGCAGUAAACCAGACAGGUUCGAUUUCAAAGCUCCCAGUAUGGAAUUUGCUAGAAAAAGGCAGUCCUUUGAUGAGCGUGAGGACUGUAUGUGUCGAAUCACCCCUGGCGUUCAUGAAAGCCUUCACUUUAAUGCCACUAGGUCCAAAAGUCUCCAGCUGGAUUCUGCUGGAAUCACCACUUCUGGAAUCAACACAGAUUCCUUGAGCCCUAAGCUAUUCAGUGGGCGAGGGGAGAGUGCCGUGGAGAAGCUCCAGAUUAUCUCGUCCACUGAGGGAUCCAUCAGAAAAACUUCAUCCGAGUACAAAUUAGAGGCACGACUCGUGUCUUCCCUGAAACCACUGAAGGGUACACUGGACAUAGGACUGCUCUCUGGACCCAGGAUCUCCAAAACUGAUACAUGUCUCUCGAGAAUAGCCAGCAGCCAAGCUGAUACUGUUGGUCUGGCUGGAACACUGCAAAACCAGAGUGAAAAGCCUCCCCAGACCCCCACAAAUAAACAGACACAGACUGCUGCGGAGAUGGAAAGUCUUUCUGCAUUGAACAGCAAAAAUGCAGGAAAAGAAGAACCCACAUGCAAUAGAGACAGUGUUGUUGGCUCAGUUAGCCAUGAAGGUACUCAUGACAAAAAUAAGCAGGGUGAAGGAAUCAAGUUACAGGCCAUAGCCAGUAAAAUGGAGCCUGUAGAUUUGUCAACAGGUGGAAAACCAGAGGCUAAGUUGAAAACAGCUCAGGAGAUGAGGUCUGUUCGGCACAAUACUCAUUUUGCUUGUGGGAAAACGCCCUCGAUAAGGGAGGUCAGUAAUGAAGACCAAGAUGAUGAGAUGGAAAAUCCAGAGGAAAAGCCUACACUGCAAAACAGCACUGUAGAAACAAAGACACCAGUGACCCAUGACCAGGUCAUCAAACAAAACCCAUCUGUACAUUCAGACCUCUGUGGUGCUGAUCAAGAUAAAAAUGUGAGAGAGAUCCUUGUCAGUCCACAGAACUUGGAGAAGGAUGUUGUAAACACCAGCCAAAUAACCAUGGAGAAAGAUCGAGCACUGAAUACACUGGGCUUUGCUGUGGUUCCACAGGAGGUUCAUCAGUCUAAAACCGUCAGAGACGAUGACGCAGGAGCUCAGAGCUCAACAAUGGCUUCGGCUCAGACUUUGCCUCCAAAACCAGACAGAACGUUUAGCGCACAAAAGUCAGGUUUAGAUUCAAAAGGUGGGAUCGGGAGGAGUGACGAGAAGAAACCAGAAAGCACAGCUCAAAAUGUACAUAAGAUUUCCGAGACGAUGCCUGAACAGACUACGGCAAGUAGCACAGCCGUGUUGAAUGUGAAAUCAGAACCGGUUCAGUCACAGGGUUUAAUAAAAGAAAAAGUAUCCGUUCCAGUAUCUUCAGCAGCUUCGCCGGCACCAGAUAUCAAGUUGCCUCCUGAUCCACCUCUUCAAACCAAACAGGAUAAAAACAAUGCAUCUCCCAAAUGUGCUCCUCUUAAGACUACUUCUGCUGUGGUUCUCCAGUCACCACAGCAGGUACCCAAAAGCCCAGAGCCGCCUGUCGAAGUCAAGUCGGACAGCACUGCGAUUAAACAGUCUCUGCAAAUAACUUCGAAAACGCUAACCAAUUCUGUCUCAGGAAACAGACAGAAAAGCUCAAAUCCUCACUCCAAAGAUGAUGGCGCUGUCAAAACACAAAACUCUGGGGUGGAAGAUGGCAAAAGGCACAGUUUUCAAUGUCAGGAACCAUGUGGCGUCCAAACUCAAAUCAAGGACAAGGAUCAUAAGACUUGGAUGGUUCCAGAAGGGACGAGUGAUGAGUCCAAUACUAUAUCAUCUAAAGACAAAAUGCCACAAAAUAUAGUAGUUUUGAAAGAAAAUGCAAAGUGCACUAUACCAAAAGGGACUCAUAAUACUGCAGAGGUCAAAAAUGACAGCGUAAAGUCAAAUCAGGAUUCUGGUGCCAAAGGCAGUGAAAAAAUGAGCCAUAAUGUGCAAGUUCAGUCAGCAAGCAUGCUUGAAGAAAAGUUGAAAGUCAAGAAUACUGCAGAUGUAGCCAGUCAGAGGAUCACCAAGCACUUGGUACUUGAUGUUUGCAAGAAGGAGGUUGUUACUGUUCUGAAAAAACAACCACAACAGUCAGGUACUAGUUCCACUGCAAAACAAGGCCUGUCGAGCUCCAAGAACAAAGCCAAGUCAGAACCCCCUCCUGUUACACACCAGGGUGGGAAAGCAACCGAAGAAAGAGGAACACAAGAAAGUAAAGCACCACUGCAGACCAUCAAAGACAACGCUGAUCUAAAACCAAAGGAGCAGAGAGAGUCCACACUUCCUCCAUCGAAAACUAAACCACAGAGAGAGAACUUGCCUCAGACAGGCCCUCACGUCGGUUCUGUACCUGUACCUACUGCUAAGGUUCACGCACCAAGCGGAUCUCCUACAGGCAAGGGUACCGUGGCCACAGUGGAGACUGAGAAGGUCUCAAAGUCAUCAGACUCCUCGCAGAAAGUAAACCGUAAAGACUCGCAGAAAUCCACAACGUCGGCGAAGGAUGGCGUAGCACCAGAAAAAGAUUCACCUCGCGCCAAGCAGUCCAAAGAUCUGCCCAGAGGUUCGAAUAAUAAAAAGUGACGGUGGGGUUAUCGACGCUCUCCAAAUCACCUUUUGUAAGAAAGACUGCGAGGCAAUCUCUCUCUGUUUUUUCUUUUUUUUUUAAACUUUCCAUGCAUUGUAUUAUAGCACCUUCCAUUCUGAGGACCGAUGAAGCUGUUAUUUCAGUGUUUCCUGGAGGGGCGAAAGCGACGAGUGCUCGUGUGUGUGCUAGUCUGCAGUACGUUUCUGAAAAAUCCUAGGUUUGAAUGUACCCGAUUUGCUGCUGAUCGUCGUUUUUUAUAGUUUUGUGCAUCACAAGAAAAGAUAUCACGAGGUGUAUAGAAAAGUCGCGUGCAAUCCGUUCGACGUCGAGGGAUCCGAUGCCUUCGAGUCGUAAGUGAACCGUGCCAAUUUAGAUCGCACCAAACAAGAACUCCACUUAUUGUUUAGGAGUCGUUGGAAUCACUCUGCAUUUCAGUACAUUUAAAUAAAUAAAUAAAUAAAUUACAGGCAUUUCUCAAUCCAUACGAAGGUUAAGCGAAUCGUUUCGAACGGUUUUGUCCGCAUUUAAAAAGCCACAGAUGAAGUAUUUGUAGCAAUGGUGCUGAUCUCUCAGCACACACUCUUCAUGUGGAAAAAAAAAAACAACAAAAAACAACCCACCGACGUUGUUUUCGUCUCGUCGUUCUUUUCGUUCUCGUUUGCUUUGACCUACUUAAAGGCAAAGUUCGUUUUGGGCCGAGGGAACGCACGUUUAUCCCGUGCUUCUCACCUAGAACUAUUUUAUAAUGGAAUCAUCUUAGGGUUCUGGUUUCAUAUCUAGUGGAAGGGGCCUUAGAGUAUUUUUGGGCUGUCCAGCUUGCUGUUCUUAGCAGGUUGUGUCGAAAUUCACAUUCCUUUCACAUGCAUUUACUAAAUACUCAUUUUUAUGCAACGUACUGUACAUAAAGCAAUGUUAAUUGUACAAACGUGACGCCGAUCCGUCGGAUCAGGACUACGAUUCUCAAUAUGAGUGUUGUGUGUUUUAUAUGUAUAUAUUUUGCUAUGUACUAUAUGUUUGUAUACUGUAAUGUUUGUUGCUCGGUGAAAUAUUUUUCACGAUGCCAUCUGAAAUAAGCUAGUGGAAAAAAAUCGGAAAAAAACAAAAACAAAAAAAAAGGCGAGCUCUUGGCCUCUGAUGUGAUCUAUACUUGAAAUUACACAGGCACUAAAAGCAGUAAUCGCACUCGUACGCAAUUGUGCUUUAAGGCAAAGGCUUAAAGACACCUAGGAUGUCCUCCGAUUGUUGCUGAUUUACUAAAAGAUCGAACAGUGGAAUGUUAAAUAGUGCAGAAGCUCUAUUUUUUAAAUAAAUAAAUAAUAAUAAUAAAAAAAAGGAAGUGAAUGUUAAAAGGUUUGCAACCCUGUGUGUUAUGAUUAUGAUUACCCCCCCCCCCCCCCCCACUCCCCUUUUCAGCACAUUUUGUCACGUAAGGAUUUUAGGGCUAUUUGUUUCCAUUUGGCCGCGUACACGUGUAAACUAGAUGUUGAGGGUUUAAACGCUGGCCACGUUUAUGAUCAGUCAGGGUGGACUUUCACAGUCAUGACGUUCAGCUAGUGUUCCAGUGUCCUGUCUCGUUUGAUUGCCCAUCAGUUGCUCAGUCAGUCAAGUACAAUGUAUAAAUACUUCUAAAAGUGGGACGUGUAAUAAUAAUAAUAAUAAUAAUAAUAAUCUAGUGCUUUUGCACUGUCCGUUAGCUGUACCUUUAAAUCCAUGACUGAAAUAUACGGUCAAAUUCAUUUGUUUCAAACCGUGACUGUGACGUGUGUGUCGUCUCCGAGUCAUCCGAGUCGUUCUGUGACGCGUCCGCGUACACGGUAAUGACGCGUACCGUUUCAAUCCUGCGUUACUCGAUCAUCUUUUGUGCGUGAUAUGUGCUCUGAAAUGACUACAGUAAUCAGUCCUUUUAUGUCAUAUAAACUUAACUGAAGAGAUAUUUUAGUGACUUUGCCGUAAAUGGUCUAAUCUAUUAUAUUUCAAGUGAUAUUCUAGUUAUCUGUAGAUCGCGAAGACUAUACGACGCGUAGGAGCUGAACGUGAGCGCGAGUCAAACGAGGCACGAAACGAUCGUUAUAAAGCGAUUUAACGUUAAGGGGAAAAAAAAAACGAAUGAAUUAGAGCGAUUUUUUUUUUUUUUUUUUUUUUUAAAGCGGUAUUAGCAAAAUCAGAAGUCCUCAUGAAACUUAUGUAGUGUUUGUAGUAGCGUGAGGAGACGAAAUGCACCUUAUCGUUAAUGUCGCUUCUGCGUUUAACGAAGGACAAGACCAUUAGAGGGACGUGAAUGUUUGUGUAACAGGGCGUAAAUAUAGUCAAGCUACAAAUGUUUAUUCGAUGGAUUUGUCUUUCGGUCCCCAUGCCUUUUUUUUUUUUUUUUUUUUUUUUUUAAUUAUAGAGAUGACUGAUGUAACAUCCUUAAUAACUAAGCACAUUUCUUUGUUUACAGCGAAUUCCUGGAUGUAUAUUUUGAAUAUGGUGUUAUUAAUUUGCCAAAUCUGUGUCCACGUCACAGGACAUUGCGAUCGUAGUGUUUGCAUGGCGUCCUUCUCCAGCAGGUUGUGCAGUUUAAGAUCGUCAGUCUGUGGUAUAGUCAAUCUAUCCAUCGUGAAUCUGUCGGGUCUGAAGCGUCCGGCGUAUUUUCUGAAAUGUUCUUUUUCUGUCACCCGUUCUGUGAAGCUAGUGUUUGUAUAAACGGCCCUGCUUCAUCGUCUUCAUCGUCGUCUGUCUUUAGAAUCUGUGCAAUAAGAAGUGUGGUUUUGAGUUUUUGUAUUUCACCCAAUGGAAGCUCUAUGGAUGUCAUAGAUGUUGUAUUCUAUACAAAUAUUUAUACUUCUAAAAAUGGUAUAAUUCUGAAAAUAAAACAGGCAUGACGUUA